GGAAAAAAAACAACUGCUGGGCGAAGUUUCUUUCGGAUCACAGUCCUUCUGGGGUACUGCAUUGUGUUGUCUUCUCCAGCCAUAAUCACCACCAUUCGGAAUCCAAACAGACUUUGGAGAAGAGAUCUUUCUGACCAGUCGAUUAGUAAUAAACAGAUAAAUCCCUUUAUGUCUGAGCCAGACUCCUGGAAACAGCAGCUCCCUUCUAUAUCAUUGCACAACUGGAGUCUUAAAAUGUUAACAUCAAAUGUUCUCCCCAAUGAACCCACCGAUGAGAGAGCCAGAAAGUUACUCCUGCAGCCCAUCGCAAGGCAGAUACUGUUUGGCUCUAAUGAGAUAACCAAAAAGGUAAUGCCAGAUGACGCUGAGCUCAACGGUGAAAUGUCUGAUCAGAGGUGGCUUCCUCCAUGGCCUGCAAAUGAAGAGCUGGAUAAAAGGAGCAUUGUGGUGGCUGACGAUGCUGCUUUCAGAGAGAAGAGCAAAAUGCUCACUGCAAUGGAGAGACAGAAGUGGCUCAACUCAUACAUGCAGAAACUUCUGGUAGUAAACUCCACUUAA